CUUGAGUAGUUGUCCCACCAUGCGUGACCUAAAGGCCAGACACCUAAUUAUUUUUGGCUCGAGGCAUUGUCUUCCUCCCUUUUUCAGUCUCAUCAUCGCUGGUAAAUCGGUCUGAUUACCAUGUCUUUGCGCGUGGGUCUGAUUACCAAGGGCACUCGGGGCGAUGUGCAGCCCCUGCUAGCAUUGGCGCAAGAACUCCGAUUGAGAGGCCACCAGGUGGCGAUUUGUUGCCCGAAAUGUGUGGUGUCUUUGGUCGAAGAACGUGGAAUAGCAGCCUUUGGCAUGUCUUUCGACCCCAAAUCGGCCAUCCAAAGUUCUGAGAUGCAGGAGGCCAUUGCUUCUGGUGAUGGAGGUUUGUGCAUCAAGGCUUUUAACACUUCGCAAGAGCACCAGAUCUUGGCCUCUGGUGUCAACCCGGCCCAAGAAGUUUACGACUUUGUGCGCACGUUCCGUGCUGAUGCCCUGGUGGGUCAUCCCAGCUUUGUUCCGUUGAUUGCUGUGGCUGAGGCGUUUUCAUUGCCACUAGUCAACGCCUUAUUCAUGCCAUUUCUCCCUUCUGCUGUGGCAUACCCUGCAUUUUUUGCUCGAAAUCAGCUUGAAAAACUUGGCUUGCAGGGAAAGCCACUGGAGGCUCACAAGCAGCUCUGGGACAAUUACAUCACCCCGGAAGAGUUUGCCCAGCUCAAUCAUUUGCGCACCGGUUGGGGAUUGAAAGCGCACAAGGAUGUGGCUGAGACACAGGCAGUCUACCAAUGCGCUCAUGAAGCCAACUGCUGGAGUCCUCAUCUUCUACCGGAGCCAUCAGAUCUGCAGGUAGAAUUCCCAUUUGCCAGACAGACUGGCUAUCUUUUUGCAGAUUCACCUGAGUAUCAGCCAUCCCCCGAGCUUUUAGCUUUCUUGGCACAUCCAUCGAAACCAAUCUAUGUAGGCUUCGGGUCUCUUUGUGUGGGGGACCCGCGGGAAGCCACCGAAAAGGUUCUCCGUGCCUUAAAGGCCAGCAAUCUGCGCUGUAUCAUGGCUGGUGGUUGGGUAGGCUUGAGCCCUUCGCAGUUGGAUGCUGAAAAGACGAUCGAUUUCCACCUACUGAAGGACUUUGCUUCAACAAACGUAUUCUCACUUGAAGCCUGUCCACAUGACUGGCUGCUUCCACGCUGCUGCGGUGCAGUACACCACGGUGGGGCUGGAACAGUUGCUGCUGCUGCACGAGCAGGGAUCCCACAGGCCAUUCUGGCGGUUGCAUGGGAUCAGCCAUGGUGGGCUGAAUACUUGGAGGAUCGACUUGCAGUUGGCAUCAACCUUCGGCAGAUGAUCUCCAAGGUGGAUGAGAGGCUUUUGGCGACAGCCUUCCAACGAUUGGCGGAGGAGGAUCAACUUACAACGGCUGCAGCAGACUUGGGAAAGUUGAUCCGAGAGGAGCGGCCUGGCCAUGAGAGCCUCGCAGACUUCGUGCUGGAGAGUGUGAAAUUGCCACAUCCUUGGCCUACAAAGGAGCAGCCCACACCCUUGAAUCUCUUGCCAAGCUUGUGGGACAGAGCCAGCCAGGAGAACCUGAGACGGGCGCUGGGAGGUGCCUAGAAGGCCGCCUGGUAGAGGAGGAUGCAAUGCCUGGAUCAGCUGAGUGGUUCUGGCUCUUGUUUCGGCAAACCAUGUUGUACAGAAUCAGCUGAUCAGUUCCAAUUCAAUGGUCUUUAGUUUUGCAACCAUGUCUGUAGAUGGCAAUGGUUGCUAUGUCGCUGAAAAACCAGCGGUUGGCUGAAAGCCUUUUCUAUGCAUCAUGCGGUGACGUGAGCAUUCCAAGAAUU